GAUGCAAGGGCCUCGGCCUAACCCAACCCGGCGCGGCAGCUAGAGGCUUCUCGCGGUCGCGGUAGAAAAGAUCUUCCCCCUCUCUCUCUCCAGUCUCCAGUCUCCACCACCUCCACUACGAACAAAAAGAAAAAAAGGAAAAAAAAUCUUGGGUCGGGCGAGCAAGCAAACGUGACGCCACGCCUCACCCCGACUCUCCUCUCCUCGUCCUCCCCCUCUCCCCACUUUCCCCGUUAAAAAUUCGGCCAUCGGUCGCGACGGAAGCCUCCUCUGCUCCGCUCUCCGCUCGCCGCUCGAAGAUGGAGCCUCACCAGAGUGGCACCGGGCAGACUUCUCCCCGCGGGAACGACUGGGAGGUCGUGCAGCUCACCGCGUCAAACUACGCGUCUGCGCCUGGUCCGGCAAGAACCGAACCUUCCGACGAGGAGUCUGAAGGCCAGGUGUAUGGCGCAGAAGGGGGCGAUUCGGCAGCCUCGGCGCUGCUGAUGUCUGGCCAUUUCUCGGUGCCGCAGAAUGAGCCUGGGGGUCUCCUUGUGGAAGCUAAUGCUAGCAUAGAGCGGCAGGAGGCACACGGCAGCCAGUAUGCAGUCUCUGACAAGGGCGAUGACGAUGAUACGGAGGACGACCGGCAGGAGAAACUGAAGGAUGAUGAUCUUGACAGGACCCCGUCCUUCGACAAAGGGAAAAGCCUUUCCUCUGUUGAUAUGGAACCUGAUGAUGGCAGCGAGUUGCACAGGGGUAGUCCGGUUGGGAAAGACCUGGUUACGUUCAAAUCGUCUGGUUACAGCGCAACUGACGCCGAGAAAGAAGCUAUUGACAGUGCCAAUGAGAAGGCCGAAGAAAAUACAAUGCUCCAAAAUGUUGAUCCUGUCACUGACUCGUCCAAUGUUGUUGCUUCUGGCGAAGAGAGCAAGCCUGACGGUUCUGGAGCCCCACGCAACGUGUGGUGGCAGAAGCAACUUAUAUCGCUGUACAGGAGCGCUAAGGAGAGCAACAAGCUGUGGCCUAUCGUUGUGGCUGCUGCCGCUUUGAUGGGGAUGGCGUAUUUCCGACGGCGCUGGCAGAAGGGCAAGCUGCAGCUUCAGCAGGUCAAAGUGCAACCUGCCAGCAGCAAGGAGAGAAUCAACCAGGCUGCCGUACCGCUAAACCGGAUCAAAGACAUCCUUGUCGCCGGCAACCACCCGAGUCCGGCUGCCCAUGGAAAUGCUCGAUUGGGCUGAUGAUAACGCCCCCGUCGACGCACGGUGUAUCCUGAAACUAAGUAUUGCAUUGCAUGGAGACAUCGGCAGAACUGUAAAUUGAGGCGAUGAGCGUCGUCGUCUCGUCCACCUGAUGCCGCAGAACGUGUGGACGUUUAUGCGUGCUGGCUGUGUAAUUAAACCCCAAAACUUCUCCUGGGCAUGUAAAUAUACACGAGUUUUGUGUGGUUGCUUUCCCUCCUUUGGAAGAAACCCCUCCUUGGCCUGGUUCAGAGUGCUGCUGCUGCUGUAGUUUGUCAGCCACUGUAACUUCUUCCGUUGCUCUCGUGGAUCUUUUAUCUAUCUUGUUCCGGGUGUAGCUCCUUCCGUUGCUCUCGUGGAUUUUCUUUUAUCUUCCGGGUUGCAAUUUAUCGGCCAAUAUAUACACGAUGAACUUAUAUGAUAUUAUUGGGUGUC